AUGAACAGUCUAUCAGAAAAAAUAAAAACAAAUGAUCCACCAACUAGUACAGAAUUAACCAGCCAAUCCACUGAAGAAUCGAGCAACACUUCCAACAACCAGUCCUCCAAUCCUGAAGAGCAAGAGUCACCAAAUACACCUAUAACCUCAAUUGAAUCAAACACAGAAUCCUCAUAUCCAAUACCUACAUCUAACCAGUACUCAACUUUUCAAAAUCAUGAUGAAACCACUGAUACUCGAAGUAUCCAGGAACAAAUGAAUAUAGGAACAAAUGACGAGCAACAGUCGAUCCUUCAAAACCAAGCUGAAACAACAGAUACCAGUAUUCCAAGUGUGGAACAUAUAGAAACAAAAUAUCAACAGCAAACAACCCUUCCCAAGGACUACAACAGUGAAACCAUCAUCCUUUGUUAUUCGAAUCGGCAUCUUCUAGACACCAAUCGCCUUUGCCCAUGCUCAACUACCUCUUACAUAAGAUGUCCCAUACUCGCAAAAGCAAAAGACAUUUAUUUUGCACUGUGGUACAAAUGA